AUGAAUCUAAUAUUUUAUAUUUGCCACGUGGUCAAAGAAGUUUUAUUAAGAGCGUUUCCCAUUGAUGAUGAGCCCAAUGAUACUUUUGACGAAGAAGAAGAAGAUCAAUGGUAUAUUUACAGUCAGCACUGUUUGGGAUGUUAUGAAGAUGGUAUCGAAAUUGGUUACAAGCCUUGCACUCACGCACCGUAUUGCAGGUCUUGUAAUAAAAAAUGGCACGACGAAGCAAUUAGAACUGGAGAAAUAUUUACCUGUAUUUUGUGUCAGAGUGCCGUCGAAAUCAUGGAAGAUUUAAGAAAAGAUUAA